AUUUUAUAUUGUCUUUUAGGUUUACUGAACUCCCACAGAAAUGUCCUGCCAGCAAAGCCAACAGCAGUGCCAGGCUCCUAAGUGCCCACCCAAGUGUCCUCCCAAAUGUCAGACACCUAAAUGUCCACCCAAGUGCCCACCCAAAUGCCCACCCAAGUGCCCUCCCCAGGCUCCAUGCCCUCCUCCAGUCUCUUCCUGCUGUGGUUCUAGCUCAGGAGGAUGCUGUAGCUCUGGGGGAUGCUGUGGCUCCAGCUCUGGAGGAUGCUGCAGCUCUGGCUCUGGGGGUGACUGCUGCCUCUUCUCCCAUCACAGGAGAUCCCACAGGCGCAGGCACCAGAGGUCUGACUGCUGUGACAGUGGCAGUGGGCGCAGUCAGCAGUCUGGAGGCUGCUGUGGGAGCUCUGGAGGCUGCUGUGGAAGCUCUGGUGGCUGCUGUGGUGGCUCCGGGGGCUGCUGCUGAUCUGGUGUCCUGACCUAAGAAGAGCAAAACUAACAAUUCAUUUAUUCUUUACUCCUCUUUCCUUAGCCUCCUACAUAACUUCCUAGAUUACAAAUGUUCAGAUGUUCUGAGGGGAUGGAGAGAAGCAAGGCCUAUCACUUUAUUUUAUUUCAAUACCCUCUCUGCCCCCUUCCCCAUUCAAGCCAUCUUCUUCCUCAUUUAUCCUAAAAAACAAUAAAAGUUGUUGUUCUGGUCACAGCUGCCUCCUAUUCUCU